AAUAAUAUGGGCUAAAUCAAUGUUUCUUGUGUACUCUUCAAAUAAAGCACCUCCCUUUUAUUGUUUAACCCAUAAAAUUCCGACUCUUGUUUGCCUUAGCUUCGUAUAAAAGUUUCUGUCGAUAUUUUCUGAAGAUAGUUAUCGAUAUCCUUCGAAGGUCUAACAAUCUCAAGAUGCAGAUGAUGUGGUUGAGUGUUUUCGUGAUGCUGGUUGCUUUGGGAAACAGUAAGGCAGAGAUUGCUCCCAGCAUAAUGAAGAGUUUUCAAAAGUGUCUCGAAAAAGGUGGUUUCAAUGGAGUAGUGAAUUGUGCUGGACUGAGAACACUCAACAUGAUGAGGAGUCUGACUCAGAAAAACACCUUGGAAAUCAUACCAGGAAUUCUGUUGCAAAGGGAUGAGUCAAUUCCUGACCUAUCAAGAAAAAUAAAAGAGGAAGAUCUUCCAGUAAACCCUGUCAAUCGAUCAGAAAGAAUUCUGGAACUACUAGGCGAUGAAACCAUGAGUUUAUUCUCACGAAGGACCCUCACAGUCAAGCUUCCAGAAAUCGAUUCGGAGGAGGUAUCUAGAGGUUUAAAAGGGGAGGAAGAAGGUUGGUAAACUGUGAAGUCUGUAUGAGUGUGGAUCUUUAAAUAUUAUAGUUGCAGGAAGGGGCAGGAAGAAGAAUAG